UUUAUUUUGACUAAUGACUAGAUCUCUGAAUUAGUUCAUUUAAAUCAAAUGAGCUUUCUACACUGCACCCUCCAAGAAACUUCUUGUAGUUUUGCAAGAAAAAGACCCAGCAGUUGCUUGACUCACACGCCACUGGUGCCCCUCAGGAAACACGCCAGGCACGUGCUGAUAUAAUCCAUAACUCAACUCCCCUAUGUAUGAAUGUGAUCAGGUCAACGUUCCACUGUUCUGCUCUCCCUCUCCUCUCCAGCCACAAUGCAGAAAAUGGUUCGACUGCUCCCAUUACUCUUCAUGGCUAUAACAGCAUCUGCAGAUCUUCUGCAGAACUCAGAUUUCGAAUCCCCACCAUCAAACUUGACAAGAAACUCAUCCACUGCCCCGCUUGUGCUGCUGAAUCAGAACACCACGGCCAUUCCAGGGUGGUCUUUCGAAGGCGAAGUUUGGUAUGUAACAGCUGGUCCAAACAUCUCAUUGCCGGAGGGGAGCAGACAUGCCAUACAACUGGGUCAAGACGGGAAGAUCAACCAGACUUUCACUGCAAAUGGUGGCCUCAUGGAUUACAUUCUCACCUUCACUCUUGCUCAGGGUGGUCAGAAGUGUUUAGCCAAUGCCACUGGGGUGAUAGUUUCUGCUCCAGACAGUAUAUCAAAUUUCUCUUUGAAGCAAGGGUAUGGGAAGGAAGCAUGGGAAAGCUAUGGUCACUACUUGGGCAGCUGGGGUGAUGAAACAGAAGCCAUUGACCUUGUGUUCCAAAGCAAAACAUCAGAAUCCGAUUCGAAUUCAACUUGCUGGCCAACCAUCGACACUCUCCUUCUCAAGACGGUCCAAACAAUCCAUCAAGACAGUGCUAAUCUGUUGGUGAACGGUGGAUUUGAAACCGGUCCGGAUUUCCUUGGGAAUUCAAGCAAGGGAAUUCUACUGGAAACAGAACCAAUUCCCCCCCAAUCUGCAUUACAACAGUGGUCAGUGAUGGGCACUGUCAAAUACAUAGACUCCAAGCACUACUUUGUACCGGAAGGGAAGGCCGCUGUGGAGAUCGUCUCGGGAGUUUCUUCUGGAGUGCAGACAGCAGCCGUGCUCAUGGAAGGGUUGAAUUAUAACUUGGCGUUCACACUGGGAGAUGCAAAUGACUCAUGUUUGGGAGAUUUCCUGGUGGGAGCUCAAGCAGGGUCAGCAAUUCAGAAUUUCACUGUGAAGAGCAGCGGUACCGGGUCAGCAAAGAAGUUUUCCAUGGAUUUCAAGGCGGAAUCAAGUUCAACUCUGAUCAGUUUUAUCAGCUACACCAGUAGCCAAACCAAAGAUGGGGUGUUCUGUGGACCUGUGGUUGAUGAUGUGGUUUUGACAGCUUCUUCACGGAGUCAUGGGCAGAAACUAGAACCACAUUGUUGCUUUCUGGUUCAUCUGUUUCUCUUGGGAACCCUUAUGCUACUGAUGAAUGAAAGACUUGAUUUAGCACAUGUUCUGAGCUAAUCGCUAUUUGGGAGAAUGGAAUUUGAUACUUCCAUUUGGAUCAAAGUGAUAUGUUUUAUGAACUCAUGUAUUUUUGUGUUGAAUUGUCUAAAUUGACCCAAUUUCAAAUACAAUGUUUAAAUUCCAUGCUCUGAAAUAGAGUGAAGAGUCAGCGAUGUUUCAUUGUUAAAGAUUUUGUUUCGUACACUUCCAUUGGGAAGAAAGAUUGUGGCUUUUUUCAUGCUAAAGGAAAUUUCUGAGCAA